AUGGACACUUCAACGGCCAAAGAUGACAACAAAGUCCCAUCAUCACCCGCACUCGCCACCAUAGACAGCCAUAGCAACGAAAGAGGUCAGAUCGAAGAAUUCGACGAUGGCUACCUACAAGCAUCGACUUUCUCGAGGUUUUACAGGGGGGUUCUUUUCCAGAUGAUUUUGUUCGGAGCGCUGUCAUUCGUGGGCCCAGCAAUUUCCGAUGCGAUAUCCAACCUCGGUGGAGGCGGUCUCUCAACUCCAUACCUGGGCAAUCUGGCAAACUCACUCGAUUAUGCGGCGUCUUGCUUGAUAGCUUUCAUGGGAGGCCCAUUGGUCAACAAGUUCGGCAUCAAGUGGUCUUGCAUGAUUGCUGCGGUGUCGAUGCCUCUCGCGGGGUCUUCGUACUACGUCAGUGCAAAGUACGGUGUGGAUUGGUACCUGCUGUUUUCGAAGAUAAUUUCGGGUUUCGCCUUGGCAUUCCUUUACGUCGCGGAAACCACGGCGAUGCUGUCGUAUCCGAAACAAGAUGACAGAGGCUUCUACUUGGGCAUAUGGUCCGCCAUGCGAAGCUCGGGCAGCGUCAUGGGCGGUGCAAUCAAUUUCUCUACGAAUUACUCCAGAUCUUCCGUCGGAGGCAUUGCGUGGUAUACCUAUCUUAUCUUCGUGGGCUUCGAGUGUACCGGCGUGAUCUGGGCUUUCUUGCUAUCACCAACCCAGCGUGUUCGCCGCCGUGAUGGUACCAAGAUCACCAUGUCUACUAGCAUUAGCUGGAAACAGGAGUUUGCUGCUUUGUACAAGCAUCUACAACGGAAGAAGACAUGGCUCCUUUUCUUGCCCGCUUUCUACUCAUUCUUCUACGGUGGAACAAUGGGCACGUAUCUUUCACUGCACUUCUCAGUGCGAGCUCGUGCGUUGUCGUCUUUGAUCAUUCCAUCGGUCACUAUCCCAAUCGUCAUCGCAUAUGGAAGGCUGCUUGAUCUUACGCGCUGGUCUCAACCCAAGCGAGCAUGGAUUGCCUUCGCCCUCUGGGUCAUCCCUCAAACUGGCUGCUUCAUCUGGAUCGGCAUACAAUACUCUCAGUUUGGGUCCGCGACACUUGGAUUGGACUAUGAAAAUGAUCGUGGAAGAUGGGCUGUUGCCUACGUUCCCUAUUUAAUUAUCUUCACAACUGGCUAUUGGACCCAGCUAUCUCUAUAUUGGAUCCUUGGCACUUUUUCUACUGAUAUCGGAUCCUCCUCGCGAACCGGCGGUCUAUUCCGUGCCUUCGAAACAGCGGGACAGGCCGUCUCAUAUGCCAUUAACUCGACUUCCGGUGCAGAUCCGAUAGUACCUUUCUAUGUCAACUUCGCCAUCUUGAUUAUAACUGUUCCCUGCAUGGUCCUUUUGAUUCGAAUGGUGCCAGAAGCUCCAGAAGCUACGGAUGUCGACGCAGGGAAUACAGUCAUAAUUGAUAAUGUGCCGGCCAAGGAUCAGACCCAGACCCUCUAG